GAGUGAACCGGGGCGGCGCAGGAGGCAUCGGCGCUGCUGGAGAUUCGUGUGCGUAUGUGCAGCGCCCCGAUGAGACCGGCCGCCAUCUUUACUCCCAUCAACUGCACAUCGCUGCCGGUGGGGCGGAACACCAACUCGCAUCAUCCACCCAGUUGAUUUCUAGGAACCUGGCGCACCACCGUGCUCUCUCUCUCUCUCUCGCCAAAGAAUUAGCCCGCUUUUCGAACCCGUUCGCCACCCUUCCCCGCCCGGCUGCACCUCGAACACACGAUGGGAGAGCGAGAGGACCUCGUUUACCAGGCGAAGCUGGCCGAGCAGGCAGAGCGAUACGACGAGAUGGUGGUGUCUAUGAAGAACGUGGCGGGCAUGGACGUGGAGCUCACAGUGGAGGAGAGGAACCUACUAUCAGUGGCCUACAAGAAUGUGAUCGGAGCCCGGAGAGCCUCCUGGCGGAUAAUCAGCAGCAUCGAGCAGAGGGAGGAGAGCAAGGGCGCCGAGGAGAAACUCAAGAUGAUCCGGGAGUACAGGCAAACGGUUGAGAAGGAGCUGAAGACGAUCUGUGGUGACAUCCUGGAUGCACUGGACAGACACCUACUCCCCUCUGCUGUCAUGGGAGAGUCUAAGGUCUUCUACAACAAAAUGAAGGGUGACUACCACAGGUACCUGGCGGAGUUUGCCACCGGCAACCACAGAAAGGAGGCAGCAGAGAACAGCCUGGUGGCCUACAAGACCGCCACGGACCUCGCCAUGUCGGAGCUCCCACCCACGCACCCCAUCCGCCUCGGCCUCGCCCUCAACUUCUCCGUCUUCUACUACGAGAUCUUAAACUCCCCCGACCGCGCCUGCAGGUUGGCAAAGGCUGCGUUCGACGACGCCAUCGCAGAGCUGGACACACUGAACGAAGACAGCUACAAGGACUCCACACUCAUCAUGCAGUUGUUACGUGACAACCUGACACUAUGGACUUCAGACAUGCAGGGAGAAGCAGGUGAAGAACCAAACAAAGAGGCACUGCAGGACGUGGAGGACGAGGCCCAGUGAGAGUCCCCCUCCAACAGCCAACAACUUGAGACCCCCCCCACCCACCCACCCUUCCUCACCAUCCUCCUCUUCCUCCGCUCCCCCCUUUUUCCUUUCUCCCACCUCUCCAGCUCCGAGGGCCCAGCAGGGCCCAGGAGCCAACAAGUUUAUUUUUCUCUUCUUUUUUAUUUUUAUAUUAGCCCUUACAUCAUUCAAGUAAAUAGCACUUAAUUGAGACAGGAAAUACAACGUUAGAGAAGUCAAAGAUAAAGAGAGACCCUGGGUUGUUUUUGUUUUUUGUCCUGGUACAAGCGGUUCUGAUCUGUUAUCUUUGUUCAUUGUUGUGUUUUUGUUUGGGAUUUUUUUGUUGCUUUUUCCUCGAUAUUUUUAUCAGUUGCUGGAUUUAUUGAGAAUGUUUUUUCUUAAUGUAAUUUCAGAAAUUAACUUUUAUUACUGAUAAGGUUGAGUAUUAGUUACGGGAGCUAUUUUAUCUGUUUUUAGUGAAAUGUAAUGCAAAUCAUUAUGUUUUUUGGGGAGGGCGGGGGGGCAGUUUGGAAAACUACAAGUGCCCUUUUCGUUAACUUUGGUUUUUGCGGGGACGUUGGCGGUGUCCAUGCGGGCGAAGACGGGCUCGACUUUUCCACCCUAGUGAUUCUGUUGUCAUGUUUUCGUGGUUGUCCUUGGACUUUGUGCUGAAAUACUGUAACUGUGCACACAUGCUGAACCUCUGCAGUCCACUUACCGCUAGCUGGUGGCUCUAAUUAAAUGAGUUUUUAAAAAGUGUCUGGAUUCGGCCCGGUACCCUCGACGGAGAACCCUGAAAUGGAGAAGGAGCGUCAGUGCUUGCAUGAGUUGACACAUUUUUCUUUUCUGCUUUUUCUCCCCCUACUUUUCUGUUUUCCUCUUCGAAAGCUCCUCUAAAUUGAGGGGUUUUAAUUAGUUUUCCGGGUUCCUCUGUUUCUCCUGUUUUUUGCUUCAUUAUGUGUAACUUGGAGCUGAUUUGUACUACUGGAUAUCUGACUGGAGCCACAAACAGGGAAUCUGUAUUGUUCUUACUGAAACACAGCAUGGAAUUAACAUUAAACAAUCUAAAUUAAACGUUA